ACUAUAUUUCUCUCUCUAUCUCCCUCUCCACCGGCUCGUAUAAGUUUUCUUGUUCCCAUAUAUAGUCACUCAUAUGGCAGAAGAAGAACUUUCUGAGUGGACAAGACCGUAUGAUAACAACGCUGUUGAAGACCUUUUCGUUAAUGACCCACCUCUCUUCUUUCUGCCUCAAGAACAACAGCACAGACUCAUGCCAAAUGAAGAUUCCAUCACCAACACGUUCGUUUCAUUACCAGUUAACUCCGGUCCACGAAUCCAAGAUAUGGCAAACGCUCUGGCUGUGGUUGAACCCCACACCCAUCCAGUCCAAGAAAUCUCAAUAUCAACGGUUCAACUAUUGGAAAGAAGUACUUUGAACAAAGUGGAUAGGUACACUUUAAAGGUCAAGAACUAUACUAAUGGAAUGUGUGAUGAUGGAUACAAAUGGAGAAAGUAUGGCCAGAAAGCCAUCAAAAAUAGCCCUAACCCAAGGAGUUAUUACAAGUGCACAAACCCAAUAUGCAAUGCAAAGAAGCAAGUGGAGAGAUCAAUUGAUGAGCCUAACACAUAUAUUAUCACCUACGAAGGUUUCCACUUCCACUACGCAUACCCUUUCUUCUUCCCACCUGUUAAGACACAUAGGCCUAAUAAAAAAGCGAAAACACUUAAACAUGAUGCUCAAGAUAAACUAAUUAACAAAACAUCUCAAACCCAAGAAGAAAGUAAAAAAGCCCAUUUAAUUGAGCAUGCCUACAAAAAUCAUUCAGCCUAUAUAGCCCAAGAAUACACACCGUUAAAUUUCGAAGAUGAGUUAUUUUUACCGGUUGAUCACUGUCGGCGGCAACAAGGGCUUUUAGAAGAUGUGGUGGCUCCGGCAAAAAUAACUACCCCGGCCAGGGACAGUGUUUUGGCAGCUUCUUGGUCUUCAUUGUUGACGUAUACUUCCUCCUCGGGCUCUUCGUCUCGAACUUGUUCCCCACCUCUUUCUCCAUCGUCCUUAUGCUGGUCUCCCAAUGUUAACAUCGGAUUUAGUGAUGAAAUCUUGAUUUAAUCGGAUCUUAUAAGUUUUAAGCAUUUAUGCUUUAUGGUAUUAUAUUAAAAUUGUUAUAAAUAAGUCUUUAAUUUAUGGUGGAUAAAAAUAUAAGUAACCAAGAAAAAAUUAUAUCCGUUGAAAGAUCAGCAUACUAGAUUAUAAAGAGAGACGAG